AUAACUCGUCUGUUGUAUCGCUUUCUCUCUCAUGGCGGAGUUCGGUGGAAAAAGCGGCCGACGAGCUGAGGAGCACGACGGGACGAACAGUAGCGAUAUCCCCGAGCCAGCGUGCAGUACAGGGGAGCCAGCAGUGAAAGUCCCUCGGGGGCUUUGGGCUUCAAAUAACGACAGGAGGAGAAAGUUAGUCCUUCAUGUCGACCUCAAUAACACCAUACUUGUGUCGGACGCUGUGACGGGUCAGGGGACCGUAGCUGCCCUGGACUAUUUCCUCACUACAGUUACCUGGGGGAAGAUGAGUCAACAAGGAAAGUGGGAAUGGCUGAGUGACUCUCCCUCCCUGCUCCCACCGUGUGAAGGCGCUGUUAGUUACUACUCACAGUUCGGACGGAUACCUGGCUUCACCUCUGCUGCUGGCCGGCGUUUCCGCGGGGUCCUGGACGAACAUCUGGAUCUGCUGCGCUGGCCUGAGGACGUCAAGGGAGACACAGAGCUGUCGGUAAAGGGUGAAGACGGUCGACUGUACCACUGGAUCCUCCCUUCCUUCUUCCAGCUGCUCAAAGACCUGGUGCAGGAAGAGAGGGAGUUCGCCAUCUUGUUCCGUACGUUCGGAAGCGACCUACCUCGCGUGCUGAAGGCUGUAUCCAGAGCGCUGAGCAAAGGGGCUCAUCCACUGUUCCCUGAUCUGCCUGAUCUGAAGUUAAGUGUGAAUUUGACUCCGGGCAAGAUCCGCUGCGACAAGAGAGCAAUCGUCCUAACCCGAGCAGAGGACCGCGUGUCGACCCGCGACGGAGAAAGAGGCCUGUACCAGUAUUUGAGCUCGGUGCAGGGCCUGGGAGGCUUCCAGGACCACUUUGACUGGUGGGCGAGUAAUACUUUCUCCAUCCGCGGGGGGAAGCCGCUGUGGGUCGACCCCUUCGACCAGCACAUUCAACACAUCUUCAUAGAUGACAACAUACGGCAGAAUGACGAAGAUACAAUAGUUCAACCCAAGGUUUUCGUGGACCCAGGUGGCGCUAACACUCGUACAGCCAGCACCUCCGAACUCUACGACAUCACCUUGGUCCAGAACGACCUGCUCCGAGCCAUUUCUGACCCAAACUACUUCACUGAGCGCAUCCGCAUCUGCCAGGAAAACUAUGAGAGGAAUCUCCAGCAGGGGGCAGGCUAACCCACCAUUCAACCCCCACCUUCCUGUACGUCGGUUUGUCUCUCUGACAAACUCUACUCUGGGUACCAAUAACCCAUACACUGCAAUCCCAAUGCAGACAGACAAUGCAGAAACAGAACAGUAGAGUGUAGGUAGAACUAUUUAACUCACAGGGUGAAGUCCUGGGUGAAGGCUACAUGUGGAGGAAGGUUACUUGAAUAAGAAGGCAGGUGUAGCAGAAUCAGUUAUUAUCUAAAGAUGAAAUAUUCUAGACAAUUUCCAAACCAAAUAUAAUGUACUUUUAGAGGCAGCUAGAUAAAUAGGAUUUAAAUAUAUCUCAAAUGGUUAAAUACCACACGGUCUAAUUAUCUACUCUGGGACAGCAAUGAUCAAAUCAAAGUGCUCUUCAGAAUUAGAUUAUAGUCCGCUGUCCUAAGGUGCAUCGCCACAAAAAGACAAAAAUUGUCUUUGAUUUAAUUAAGCAGCAAAGUGGGCAGGCCAGACUCUGUGAUUGCUGCAAAGUCUCUGUGACUAAUCACAAGAUAAUUACCCUAACGCUCUGAAAUUUAAAUUGGUGUCAGAUAUGGUAAAAAAAAAACCCUUGAAGGGAAGGGUUGCAUUUUGUAUCUAGCGAGUAGAAUCCACCGGGUUUUAGCUCCUCGUUCGUCAUCGACGCACUUCGGAAAAAACAUUUCUUCUUAUCUCGGUUGUUGACUCCACUGUUUACAUGCACUCACAACUGAAAGGUAAUACUUGAAUAUUUCCAGAUGACCGAAACAACAUCUGGAUUUCUGAGUACGACUGCUUAACUUACUUCGAAAGCGCUCCGUAAAACACAUUAUGAAGGCAUUACAGUCAGAAGGUGACAGGGUAAUGGCUCAACCUUUGAGCUUUAAACAGCUUCUAACAUCGCCGGUAAUGUCAAAUGACAACACAUUACAUUUAUGACCAUACAUAUCAUUUCCGGUGACCAGGUGAGAGCGAUAUCCAUAUCCAUUAGGCACUUUACGAUUGCAUUAGUCAGAACAGAUGAGCACUGAGGCGUAUCAUUAGGUUGAACACGGGUUUGGGAAGCGUUCAUACUGAGUUAUUUACUCCAGUUUUUAUG